GCAACUUUACCUUGUGCUUUGUCUCUUUUUAUCGGUACAUGGUCUGACAUAACUGGUCACCGAAAAUGUUUCAUCAUGCUACCAGUUAUCGGCCAGAUUUUGGUAUGCCUCAACGGUAUUAUAAAUACUUACUUUUUGACACAACUCAAUUUAGAAACAUUGGUGUUUACUGAGGCGAUACUAGAUGGAUUAACUGGAACCUGGUGUGUAUGCAUCCUAGUUGUAAACGCAUACAUAAGUGCAGCAACCUCUGAUGACAACAGGACGUACCGUAUGGGAUUGGUUACUCUGAGCUUUACAGUAGGAUUCCCUGUUGGAAUGGGCAUUAGUGGCAUACUGAUAAGAAAAAUUGGCUUUUACGGAUGUUAUGGUAUGAGUAGUGGCUUUCAUUUAAUGAAUUUGCUGUACACCAUUUUCAUAUUAAAGGAUCCAAGGCGCAGUGAUGAACAAAAGAUGCACGACAAAAAGGGUGUCCUACACUUUUUCCGUAUAUUCUUCGACUUCAAGAACAUCAAGGAAACAUUCGCAGUAGUUUUCAAACAGGGACCCAACAACCGUCGCACGAGGAUAUGUGUCAUGCUUCUUGUAGUCAGUAUUCUUUUCGGACCCAUGCAUGGUGAACUGUCGGUAAUGUACAUAUCUACAAGGUAUAGAUUUAAUUGGGAUGAAGUUAGAUUCAGCAUAUUUCAAGCCUACAAUUUUGUCACCCACACCAUUGGUACAAUCUUCUCAAUAACGGUGUUCAGCAAAUACCUGCAGUGGCACGACUCCGUGCUGGGCAUCAUCUCCACCGUCAGCAAGAUAUCCGCCUCCUUCAUUUAUUGUUUUGCACCAAACGAAAGAAUCUUCUUUAUAGCACCACUGGUGGACAUUUUAAACGGGACAGCCCUGCUUGCUCUGAGAUCCAUCGUCUCUAAAUUAGUUCUGGCGACUGAAUUUGGGAAAGUGAACUCAAUAUUCGCCCUGACGGAGAACCUCAUGCCUCUGGUGUACGUCCCUCUGUACACGCAGGUGUACGUGGCCACCAUGGAGGUGUUGCCGGGAGCGGUGUUCCUGAUGGGGUCCGCCAUGACGAUACCGGCUGUUAUAGUCUUCAUAUAUUUGUUUUGGGAACACAGAAGAAACCAAAGGCGAUUAAAAGAGCAAAAUAAAAUCGAAUUAAAGGAACAAUAGCAUUUGAUGAAAAUGGCUUAGUAAUACCUUAGUUAGUUAAACAAGAAAACUAGUUCAAUAUACGUCGUACAAACAGAGUGCCUAGUGGGAGUUUUCAAUAUUUUCAUACUCUUACUAUCGCGUUAACGUAAACGCGAAUUUAUACGGAAUUGAAACAAUUGUGCAGUAGUGCCACUAGAUGACACUGUUUCAAUUCCUUAGAAAUUCGCGUUUACGUCAACGCGAUCGUCACAGUAUCAAACUGCCACAAGGCCCUCUGAUUAAACUUGACAAAGAGUUUAGUAUUUUGUAUGGCCCAUCCCGAAUAUAACAUACCUACUUUGUAUUGUACUCUGUAUGAUUAAUUAAUAUUUAUAUCAAACUUGUACUGUAAAUUUUUUUUGUGUAAAUUGUACUGUACUUAUAGGUUUUAAAAUAAAAAGAAA